AUGAAACUCAUCAUCCUGGACGACAAAGCUCAGGCCUGUGAAUGGGCUGCCAAGUACAUCAGAAACCGAAUCAUCCUGUUUAGCCCAGGGCCAGACAAGUAUUUCACCCUGGGACUUCCCACUGGGAAUACCCCUAUUGAAUGCUACAAGAAACUGAUUGAGUAUUAUAAUAAUGGAGACCUGUCCUUUAAGUAUGUGAAGACAUUUAACAUGGAUGAGUAUGUGGGCCUCCCCCGUGACCACCCUGAGAGCUACCAUUCCUUCAUGUGGAACAACCUCUUCAAGCACAUUGACAUCCACCCUGAAAACACCCACAUCCUGGAUGGGAAUGCAGCUGAUCUGCAGGCUGAAUGUGAUGCUUAUGAAGAGAAGAUCAAGGCAGCUGGAGGAAUUGAGCUAUUUCUUGGAGGUAUUGGCUACGAUGGGCAUAUUGCCUUCAAUGAGCCUGGCUCAAGUCUGGUGUCUAGGACGCGCGUGAAAACUCUGGCCAUGGAUACUAUCCUGGCCAAUGCCCGGUUCUUUGAUGGAGACCUUUCAAAAGUCCCCAAGCUGGCUCUGACAGUGGGUGUAGGCACAGUCAUGGAUGCCAGAGAGGUCAUGAUCUUAAUUACAGGGGCCAAAAAGGCAUUUGCACUGUAUAAGGUCACUGAGGAGGGGGUAAGUCACAUGUGGACCGUGUCUGCCUUCCAGCAGCAUCCCCGUACAGUAUUCGUGUGUGAUGAAGAUGCCACACUGGAGCUUAAAGUGAAAACUGUCAAGUAUUUCAAAGGGUUGAUGCUUGUUCAUAACAAGCUAGUAGAACCACUAUAUAGUAUAAAAAAAGAAACAGAGAAAAGCCAACCUGCCAAGAAGCCAUAUAGUGACUAA